CCUCGGCUGCGCCAUGGCCAGCCCGCGGCCGUCCGGCCCGGCCCCGCUGCGGCCGCUGCUGCUGCUCCUGCUGCUGGCCGCGUGCAGCCUGCCCGGCGCCCGCGGGACGUGCCCGGAGCGCGCGCUGGAGCGGCGGGAGGAGGAGGCGAACGUGGUGCUCACGGGCACCGUGGAGGAGAUCCUCAACGUGGACCCAGUGCAGCUCACCUACUCGUGCAAGGUUCGGGUCUGGCGGUACCUGAAGGGCAGAGACGUGGUGGCCCAGGAGAGCCUGCUGGACGGUGGCAACAAGGUGGUGAUCGGCGGCUUCGGAGACCCCCUCAUCUGUGACAACCAGGUGUCCACUGGGGACACCAGGAUCUUCUUUGUGAACCCCACGCCCCCCGACCUGUGGCCGGCCCACAAGAAUGAGCUCAGGCUCAACUCCAGCCUCAUGCGGAUCACGCUGCGCAACCUGGAGGAGGUGGAGUUCUGUGUAGAUAAACCAGGGACUCACUUCACACCAGUGCCCCCAACACCUGCUGAUGCCUGCCGAGGGAUGCUGUGCGGCUUUGGCGCCGUGUGCGAGCCCCACGCCGAUGCACCGGGCCGGGCCUCCUGCGUGUGCAAGCAGAGUGCGUGCCCCGCCGUGGUGGCGCCCGUGUGCGGCUCGGAUGCCUCCACCUACAGCAGCGAGUGCGAGCUGCAGCGCGCACAGUGCAGCCAGCAGCGGCGCAUCCGCCUGCUCAGCCGCGGGCCCUGUGGGUCCCGGGACCCCUGCUCCAACGUGACCUGCAGCUUCGGCAGCACCUGCGCGCGCUCUGCCGACGGCCAGACGGCAGCGUGCCUGUGCCCGGCCACCUGCCACGGGGCCCCCACCAACACCGUCUGCGGCAGCGAUGGCGCUGACUACGCGGGCGAGUGCCAGCUGCGGCGCCAGGCGUGCACACGCCAACGGGAUAUCACCAAGAAGUUCGACGGCCCCUGCGACCCCUGCCAUGGCGCCUCCAGCGACCCGAGUAGCGUCUGCCGCGUGAACCCGCGCACGCGGCUCCCGGAGAUGCUGCUGCGGCCUGAGAGCUGCCCCCCGCAGCGGGCGCCCGUGUGUGCUGACGAUGGCGUCACCUACGACAACGACUGCGCCAUGAGCCGCUCGGGAGCCGCCCGGGGCCUCCUUUUGCAGAAAGUGCGCUCUGGCCAGUGCCAGCCUCGAGACCAGUGCCCGGAGGCCUGCCAGUUCCAUGCCGUGUGCCUGUCACGCCGUGGCCGUCCCCACUGCUCCUGUGACCGAGUGACCUGCGAUGGGGCCUACAGGCCCGUGUGUGGCCAGGACGGGCACACGUAUGACAGCGAGUGCUGGCGCCAGCAGGCUGAGUGUCAGCAGCAGCGGGCCAUUCCCGUCCGGCACCAGGGCCCCUGUGAUCAGGCCCUGUCCCCAUGUCACGGGGUGCAGUGUGCGUUCGGGGCUACCUGCGCCGUGAAGAACAGGGCAGCCGUAUGCGAGUGCCAGCAGGCGUGCUCGGGCGUCUACGACCCCGUGUGUGGCAGUGACGGUGUCACCUAUGGCAGCGCCUGCGAGCUGGAGGCUACAGCCUGUGCCCUGCAGCGGGAGAUCCGGGUGGCACGCAGAGGACCUUGUGACCGCUGUGGGCAGUGUCGCUUUGGAGCCCUGUGUGAGGCCGAGACAGGACGCUGUGUCUGCCCCUCUGGGUGUGUGGCCUCGGCCCAGCCUGUGUGUGGCUCCGACGGGCGCACGUACCCCAGUGAAUGUGAGCUGCAUGUCCACGCUUGCACCCACCAGAUCAGCCUGCACGUGGCCUCGGCCGGACACUGCCAGACCUGUGGUGACACAGUGUGUGCCUUCGGGGCCGUGUGCUCGGCAGGGCACUGCGUGUGCCCCCGGUGUGAGCACGCCCCUGCUGGCCCAGUGUGCGGCAGCGACGGCCUCACCUACCCCAGUGCCUGUGAGCUCCGGGCCGCCGCCUGCCAGCAGCAGAGGCACAUCGAGGAGGUCCGGGCAGGGCCGUGCGAGCAGGCUGAGUGUGGCUCGGGCGGCUCUGGUUCCGGCGCGGGUGGCGAGUGCGAGCAGGACCUGUGCCGGCAGCACGGUGGGGUCUGGGACGAGGACUCGGAAGAUGGGCCGUGCGUCUGUGACUUUAGCUGCCAGAGCGUCCCAAGGAGCCCGGUGUGCGGUUCAGAUGGGGUCACCUACAGCACAGAGUGUGAGCUGAAGAAGGCCAGGUGUGUGUCCCAGCGCGAGCUGUACGUCGUGGCUCAGGGAGCCUGCCGUGGCCCCACCGCGGCCCCACUGCUUCCCGUGAGCCCCCAGCACUGUGCCCAGACACCCUAUGGCUGCUGCCAGGACAACAUCACUGCCGCCCGGGGUGUGGGCCUAGCCGGCUGCCCUGGUGCCUGCCAGUGCAAUGCCCACGGCUCCUACAGCAGCACUUGUGACCCAGCCACCGGCCAGUGCUCCUGCCGCCCGGGCGUGGGGGGCCUCAAGUGUGACCGCUGCGAGCCCGGCUUCUGGAACUUCCGUGGCAUCGUCACAGACGGCCGGAGCGGCUGCACCCCCUGCAGCUGUGAUCCCCGGGGUGCCGUGCGGGACGACUGCGAGCAGAUGACCGGGCUGUGCUCCUGCCGGCCGGGGGUGGCUGGCCCCAAGUGCGGGCAGUGUCCCGGUGGCCACACCCUGGGCUCCACUGGCUGUGAAGCAGACUCCGCAGUGCCCGCUUCCUGUGUGGAUUUGCACUGUGAGUUUGGUGCGUCCUGUGUGGAGGAGGAUGGCUCCGCCCGCUGUGUCUGCCCAGCGCUCGCCUGCCCGGAGGCCGAUGCUACCAAGGUCUGCGGGUCGGACGGCGUCACCUACGGCAAUGAGUGCCAGCUGCAGGCCAUCGCCUGCCGCCAGGGCCUGCACAUCCGCGUCCAGAGCCUCGGCCCGUGCCAGGAGACUGUGGCUCCCGGCACCCGUCCACCACCUGUGUCCGCGACCCCCCCGGGCCUCGUCCCGAGCGAGGCGCAGCCGCCGCAGCCCCCCGGCACCCUCCCCCUGGUUCCCAGCAGCACCCUCCGGAGCCAGCCCACGCCUCUGCCCUCAUCACAGCCUCGGACCACCGCCAGCAUCCCCAGGACCACGGCGCUGCUGGUGCUGACCGUGCCCCCCACAGCGCCCCCGGCGGCAGCCGGCCUUGCCACAUCUGCCUUUGGUGGAUCCGGCAGCACCGACGGGAGUGGCGACGAGGAGCUGAGUGGGGACCAGGAGUCCAGUGGCGGGGGCUCAGGGGGGCUGGAGCCCCCUGAGGGCAGCAGCGGGGUGACCCCCGGGCCGCCGAUUGAGAGGGCCUCCUGCUACAACUCGCCUUUGGGCUGCUGCUCGGACGGCAAGACACCCUCGCUGGACGCACAGGGCUCCAACUGUCCCGCCACGAAGGCGUUCCAGGGCGUGCUGGAGCUCGAGGGGGUGGAGGGGCAGGAGCUGUUCUACACCCCAGAAAUGGCCGACCCCAAGUCAGAGCUGUUUGGGGAGACAGCCCGGAGCAUCGAGAGUGCGCUGGAUGACCUGUUCCGGAACUCCGAUGUCAAGAAGGACUUCCGGAGCGUCCACCUGCGGGACCUGGGGCCGGGCAGGUCUGUCCGCGCCAUUGUGGACGUGCACUUUGACCCAACCACUGACUUCAGCGCUGCCGACGUGGGCCGAGCACUGCUGCGGCAGCUCCAGGCGUCCCGGCGCCGGGCUCUGGGGGUGAGGCGGCCACUGCAGGAGCACGUGAGGUUCAUGGACUUUGACUGGUUCCCUGCCUUCUUCACGGGAGCCACGGCAGGAGCCACGGCUGUUGCAGCCACAGCCAGAGCCACCACUGUGGCCCACCAGCCUCCCUCUGCUGCGACGCCUCGGGCUCACACCAGCCGGCCAGUGGCCCGGGGCACAGCACCCCCCACCACACGCCGGCCCCCCCCCACCGCCCCUGGCCGUGUGCCUGGCCCCCGGCCUCAGCCCCCAAGGCCCUGUGACUCUCAGCCCUGUCUGCACGGGGGGACCUGCCGGGACCAGGACUGGGGCCAGGGCUUUACCUGCAGCUGUCCGGCAGGCAGGGCCGGCACCCUGUGUGAGAAGGCUCUGCGCCCCCCUGUGCCAGCCUUUGAGGGCCACUCCUUCCUGGCCUUCCCCACGCUCCGCGCCUACCACACGCUGCGCCUGGCCCUGGAGUUCCGAGCGCUGGAGCCUCGGGGGCUGCUGCUCUACAAUGGCAAUGCCAGGGGCAAGGACUUCCUGGCCCUGCUGCUGCUGGAUGGCCACGUGCAGCUCAGGUUUGACACAGGUUCAGGGCCUGCGGUGCUGACCAGCUCAGUGUCCAUCCAGCCGGGCCGGUGGCACCGCCUGGAGUUGUCACGGCACUGGCGCCGCGGCACACUCUCUGUGGAUGGCGAGACCCCUGUUCUAGGCGAGAGCCCCAGCGGCACCGACGGCCUCAACCUGGAUACAGACCUGUUUGUGGGAGGCGUCCCAGAUGACCAGGCUGCCGUGGUGCAGGAGCGGACCUCCGUCAGGGUCGGCCUGAAGGGCUGCGUCCGCCUGCUGGACGUGAACAACCAGCGGCUGGAGCUGGGCGGCGCUCUGCAGAGCGCCGGCGUGGGCGAGUGUGGGCCACACCCCUGCCUGCCCAGCCCCUGCCAUGGUGGGGCACCGUGCCAGGCGCUGGAGGCCGGCGCAUUCCACUGCCAGUGUCCACCUGGCCAAUUUGGCCCCACCUGUGCUGAUGAGAAGAGCCCCUGCCAGCCAAACCCCUGCCACGGGGCCGCCCCCUGCCGUGUGCUGCCUGAGGGCAAGGCCAAGUGCGAGUGCCCCGUGGGGCGUGGGGGCAGCCUCUGCCAGACAGCCUUGGCGCAGGACAACACCCGGCCCUUCCUGGCCGACUUCCAUGGCUUCUCCUACCUGGAGCUGAGAGGCUUGCACACAUUUGAUCGGGACCUGGGGGAGAAGAUGGCGCUGGAGGUGGUGUUCCUGGCCCGCAGCCGCAGUGGUCUGCUGCUCUACAACGGGCAGAAGACGGACGGCAGGGGGGACUUUGUGUCCCUGGCACUGCACGACCUCCACUUGGAGUUCCGCUAUGACCUGGGCAAGGGGACUGCGGUCAUCAGGAGCAAGGAGCCGGUCACUCUGGGCACCUGGACCAGGGUCUCGCUGGAGCGAAACGGCCGCAAGGGUGCCAUGCGUGUGGGCGAUGGGCCCCGUGUGCUGGGGGAGUCCCCGGUGCCCCACACCGUCCUCAACCUGAAGGAGUCGCUCUACGUGGGGGGGGCCCCCGACUUCAGCAAGCUGGCCCGAGCAGCUGCUGUGGCCUCUGGCUUUGACGGUGCUGUCCAGCUGGUCUCCCUGAACGGCCACCAGCUCCUGAGCCAGGAGUACGUGCUGCGGUCCGUGGACGUCUCGUCCUUCCUGGACCACCCCUGCAUGCGAGCCUUGGGCCACCCGUGCCUCCAUGGGGCCACCUGUCUCCCCAGGGAGGCCGCCUACGACUGCCUGUGUCCAGGGGGCUUCUCAGGGAGGCACUGUGAGACAGGGCUGAUGGAGCGGUCGGCGGGGGACCUGGACACACUGGCCUUCGAUGGCCGGACCUUCGUCGAGUACCUCAGUGCUGUGACGGACAGUGAGAAGGCGCUGCAGAGCAACCACUUCGAGCUGAGCCUGCGCACGGAGGCCACCCAGGGGCUGGUGCUGUGGAGCGGCAAGGCCACGGAGCGGGCAGACUACGUGGCCCUGGCCAUCGUGGACGGGCGUCUGCAGCUGAGCUAUGACCUGGGCUCCCAGCCGGUGGUGCUGCGCUCCACCGUGCCUGUGAGCACCAACCGCUGGCUGCGGGUGCGGGCACACAGGGAGCAGAGGGAAGGUUCCCUGCAGGUGGGCAACGAGGCCCCAGUGACCGGCUCCUCCCCUCUGGGCGCCACGCAGCUGGACACAGAUGGAACCCUGUGGCUUGGGGGCCUGCAGAAGCUGCCCGUGGGCCAGACCCUGCCCAAGGCCUACGGCACCGGCUUCGUGGGGUGCCUGCGGGACGUGGUGGUGGGCCAGCGCCCCCUGCACCUGCUGGAGGACGCGGUGACCAAGCCGGAGCUACGGCCCUGCUCCGCCCCCUGAGCUGACCCUGCAGUUACCCCUCCCUGCUGUAAUUAUUUUCUAUUUUUGUAAACCUGUUGCUUUUUGAUAUGAUUUCCUCGCCUGUGUGUGGGUGGAGGGACUGCUGGCGUGGGCCGCCUUCCGUCCAGCAGCUGAGCCACAGAGGCGCCUGGUGCCGGGGACCUGCGGGGCCGGCUCAGCCACGGCCUCGGCACAGGGCUGUGUCCCCGGGCCAGUCAUGUGUUCUUGGGCCCCCACAUCACCACUGCGUCCCGGAGCAGGCACGGCCACACCAGCCCUGAUGCACUUCUUGGUUCUUGGUGAAGCUGCUCCUCCGUCCUCCAUGGGCUGUGGGCCAGCCUCGGCCCCAGGCAAGCCUAGACCCCAGGGCCUGGCUCUUCCCUGGCUCCUGUGCCAAUACUGUGACCUGAAAACAGCAUUCCUGUUGGGGUCGCACUCCACCCGCCUCAGGGUGCUGGACAGCCGAGCCCUGGCCCAGCCCAUCCAGCCGCCCCUGCCCAGCAACCUGGAUGUGUCCGUGCCCCCUACACACUCGGGAGCCCUGGAAGGGAGUGGGAUGAGAACCCCGGGCCGGCUGGCAUCCUUUGAGGGACCUCGGCCUGCCCACCAGCCAUGGGAGCUGUGGGUUGGUUUUGAUUGACACGUGGAGCAGCUGAGGGACGGUUGUCCUUACGGCAGGACGACCGGGGCCGUGGCAGGGCGGCAGCGCUGGCUGCAGAGUCCCGUCCCCUGCCCCUGCCCUCGACCCCCAGGCCAGUGGUCUCGGGAGCAAGGCAGGAAAAGGGGGGUGGAGCAGGGGUGGUGGGGGCCGAAUGGUGUCAUGUUACUAACACCCCCCAUAUGUGUCUGUGUGAAUCACCAUGAAAUAAAGUAUGGAAACUUGA